AACGAACAUUUCUGGGAAAUUAGUGUUCUUUCCACUUUCUCUGUCCCUCUUUCCCUAUUAUAUAUUCUACUUUUAGAGAGAGAGAAGCACAAGAAGUUCCAAAAGAAGGAAAUUCUUUUUGGAGAUCGAGAAGCAUCACCUUCCUCACUCCCAAAAAUCCCAUACCCGCCAAUCCAAGAAGAUCAGAAGAAAAACUGGUGUUCAUUCCAGAUUAUUGGCCACAAUUUUUUCUUGAGUUUUCCGCCAGAUCUAAACUGGGAAUUUUCCAUUUUCCAUCAUAGGGUUUCUCCAAGCCACUGCAUUUUUGUCUGCUCUAUAUUUAGCUAAAAACAAUAGUUUAUUACAACUGUUUCUUCGUUUUCGUACGUGCUGGGAAAAUAUUUUGUUCGCUCGCGUGUUUUUAUGUGUCUCUCGCUCUCCGCGCUAAUUUGCAGUUUGAGGAAAUCAAUCAAGUUGGUUUAAUCUUGGUUUGUCGAUUGAUCGAGAAGCACUAGCUGGAUCAUGACUCGGAAGAAGAUAAAGAUAAAGAAGAUCGACAACAUUGCAGCGAGGCAGGUGACAUUCUCUAAGAGGAGAAGAGGGCUUUUCAAGAAAGCUGAAGAGCUUGCCGUCCUUUGCGACGCCGACGUCGCCCUCAUCGUCUUCUCCUCCACCGGCAAACUUUUCGAUUUCGCUAGCUCUAGCAUGAAGCAUAUCCUUCAAAAAUAUGUAUCUCAUUCAAGUAACAUCAAGAAGUACCAACCUCUUGAAUUUCUGCAGCAAGAGAAUAGCCUUCAGGUGAGAUUAAGCAAGGAGAUUUCUGACAAGACUCGUGAGCUUAGGCGGAUGAGAGGUGAAGACCUUGAAGGAUUAAGCUUAGAGGAACUAGAAGAACUGGCACAAAAGCUUCAAGUUGGAUUAAACCGUGUCUCUGAGACCAAGGAUGAACAGAUAAGGAAUGAGAUUGCCACCCUUCAAUACAAGGGUGCUGAGCUCAUGGAAGAAAAUAAUCGGUUGAAACAACGAGUUGCAGAGAUGAACAAUGACAGACGAAACGGACUGAUUAUUGCUGACAUGGAUCGCAUGAUCCUAGAAGAGGGUCAGACAUCUGAGUCCAUCACCAAUAAUAGCACCACCCAGCCGCCGCAUCUACAGGCUGCAGACUGCUCAGAUACAUUGCUGAAACUCGGGCUACCCUAACACUAGCUGAAUAUGAGCAUCAGAAAUAAUGAUAAUGCAUGCCCAGGAAGCUGGAGAGUAUAUGUAUAAGCUAAGGUUGUCUGCUGGUAGUGUUGCUGUAAGUAUGAACCUCUGAUCUGCUUGUAUCUUAUGUUAGGCAAAUAAUUUUAGUUGCUCUAUCUGCACACUUGUUUAACAAGCUAGCAAAUAGAAUGAAAUAGUUUGUGUGUUUUUGGUGUAAUAUAAUACAAUUUGGUGGUAUAUUUCAGCUGAUAGGUGUAAA